AUGUACGUUCAAAUGCCAUUCGACGACCUCAAGGUCGACCCCACCAAGAAGAGAAGAGUGGCGUAUUUCUAUGAUGCCGAUGUUGGUAACUACGCUUACGGUGCUGGACAUCCAAUGAAGCCACAUCGUAUAAGAAUGGCACACUCUUUGAUCAUGAACUACGGGCUCUAUAAGAAGAUGGAAAUCUACAGAGCGAAGCCAGCAACCAAGCAGGAAAUGUGUCAGUUUCACACAGACGAGUAUAUUGAUUUCUUGAGCAGGGUGCUGCCGGACAACUUGGAUAUGUUUGCCAAAGAGCAGGUGAAGUUCAAUGUGGGUGAUGACUGUCCUGUUUUUGAUGGCCUCUUCGAGUACUGUGGAAUUUCUGGCGGCGGCUCCAUGGAAGGUGCUGCUCGUUUGAACAGAGGCAAGUGUGACAUUGCAAUUAACUAUGCUGGUGGAUUGCACCAUGCCAAAAAAUCAGAAGCGUCAGGUUUCUGCUAUUUGAAUGAUAUUGUGUUGGGUAUCAUAGAAUUGUUGCGUUACCACCCACGUGUUUUAUAUAUCGAUAUUGAUGUGCAUCACGGUGACGGUGUGGAAGAAGCCUUUUACACUACAGACAGAGUCAUGACAUGCUCCUUCCACAAGUAUGGCGAGUUUUUCCCCGGUACUGGUGAACUUCGUGACAUUGGUGUGGGCAAGGGUAAGCAUUACGCUGUGAAUGUUCCGUUGAGAGAUGGUAUCGACGACUCGACGUACAAGUCUGUUUUUGAGCCGGUUAUCUCAAAAAUCAUGGAGUGGUACCAGCCGUCGGCCAUUGUCUUGCAGUGUGGUGGUGACUCGUUAAGUGGCGACAGACUUGGCUGCUUCAACUUGUCGAUGCGUGGUCACGCCAAUUGUGUCAACUUUGUCAAGUCGUUCAACGUGCCUCUUAUGGUCGUCGGUGGUGGUGGAUACACCAUGAGAAAUGUCGCCAGAACGUGGGCCUACGAAUCAGGGUUGUUGAAUGAGGUAAACUUGCCCAGUGAGUUGCCAUACAAUGAAUACUACGAGUACUACGGACCAGACUACAAGCUUGACGUGAGGCCAUCGAAUAUGUACAACGCCAAUGCUCCUGAGUUUAUGAACAAGAUCUUGACCAACAUCAUUGCCAAUUUGGAGAAUACUAAGCACGCGCCUUCUGUGCAAAUGAAUGACGUUCCCCAAGAUGCCGAGGAUUUGGGUGACGAGGAGGAAGACUCUCCGAUGGCAAUCGAUACUAAAGGUGGUUCGCAACAGGCAAGAGAUGAGAGAGUUGUUCCAGAUAACGAAUUUUACGAUGAAGAAGACAAGGAUGCUGGUGAGCGUUAUAUCGGCCCCAGCGAAUCCUCCAAGGUCGAGAAAGAGACUCCAGCUGCCGAACCUGAGCAUGGUGCCGCCACGACAGAGUCCAAUGCACAAAACUCAACGGAAGCCAAGCCAGAGACUGAGAAGGCACAAAUAACGGAGGAGGAGCAGAAAGAGAUCGACGAGCUCAACAAGGCAGCUCAGCUGUAG